UCUGAUAGUUUGUCGGUCACAUAGAAUUCGUAAUUUGGCGCUGACAUUGAAACGUGAUAUAGUUCAUUAUAGUUAAAAGAAGAAAGUGAAGUUCAAAAAAAAAAAAAGAAAAAAAAAGAAGCUGAUUCCUGUCGUUACAAUUACUCUCUUUCCUUACGAUCCCCCUGGAAUUCCUGCAACCACUGAUCCCCGAUCGAUGUUCGGCAACAACAGCAUAUCAAUCUCGGUCUCCGACUCCGACUCCGACGAGCUCGGUCGGAUGCGAGUCCGGGUCCGACGGAAGCGUAAGAAACCCGGUCACCGGGUCAAGAAUGAGUUGGUUCGGCGAGUGAUUCGGGCGAUCUUAAAGUACUGGACGCUUCUGAUCUUCCUCCCAGCCGCUGGAUUGCUUGUGUUUGAGGCCUCAAGGAUCGGCCGGAAACCGAGCCUGGUGGUGAACUCGGAACUCGGUGCGGCGAAGAAACCGAAAUCGGAGGGAAAUUUGAAUCGGCUUGAUCCAACGACUCGAGUUGUUGGCGGCGUUAGAGAACGUUGCUUGAAGCUCCUGCCCCUUGAAGAACUUGAGCAUCUUGAUAUUCCUGAGGGUGGAGAAUCCACUAGUCCUGUGAAAAAAGUAUUAUACAUGUCAGAGAAUGAUAUACCAUUUUUAGAAGAAAACACUAACCUGCAGCGCACAGGAGCAACAAGAUUUAAUGUAUUUACUGGAAACCAAACUCGUGAUCAGAGAGAGAAAAGUUUCAAGGUGAAUGAAACUCCUAUGGUACAUUGUGGUUUUUACAGUGAAUAUGGAGGGUUUAAAAUUUCUAAUGAAGACAAAAAUUACAUGCAAAGUUGCAAAGUAGUGGUGUCUACUUGUGCAUUUGGUGGUGGAGAUGAUCUUUAUCAACCUAUUGGAAUGUCAGAGUCAUCACUUAGAAAGGUUUGCUAUGUUGCAUUCUGGGAUGAAAUCACUUUGAGUGCACAAGAAUCAGUGGGACAUAGAAUUGGUGAGGAUGGAUUUAUUGGGAAAUGGCGUAUUGUGGUUGUUCAGGAACUUCCUUUCACAGACCAAAGAUUGAAUGGUAAAAUCCCAAAGAUGCUGGGUCAUCGUCUUUUCCCUCAUGCAAAGUACUCCAUAUGGGUAGACUCGAAGUCCCAGUUUAGGAGGGACCCUUUAGGUGUGUUGGAAGCCCUUCUCUGGCGUUCAAAUUCAGUACUUGCGAUUUCAGAACAUGGAGCUCGCAGCAGUGUCUACGAUGAGGCCAAGGCUGUUGUCAAGAAAAACAAAGCCACCCCAGAAGAAGUUGAGGUGCAAUUGACUCAAUACCACCACGAUGACUUCCCUGAGGACAAGAGAUUUAAUGGAAAGAAAGCACUAGCUGAAGCUUCUGUCAUCGUGAGGGAGCAUACGCCAUUGACUAAUCUGUUUAUGUGCCUGUGGUUUAAUGAGGUUGUCCGUUUCACUUCACGGGAUCAGUUAAGUUUCCCAUAUGUACUGUGGCGGCUGAAAGUGCUCAAGAACAUCAACAUGUUCCCUGUCUGCACCCGCAAAGAUCUUGUCAAUAGUAUGGGCCACAUACGCAAGGCCAAGCCCUUAAUAACUUGACUCUUUAAGUGCCAUACAACAUGUUCCUAGAGCAUCCGGGCUUAAGAGGAAAUUACCUGUGUCACCAGUCCUUUUUGUUCAUCUUAUUAAAUGCUUUAUUGGCGGCAUUCUUUUUUCUUUUUUCUUUUUUUUUUCCCUUUCUUUUUUGGGCUUUUUCUGUUUAUAACUUCUGGGUACGAACAUGGCUAGAUUUGUAUUAACCGCACAUUUCGGACAUUAGAAAAAAGAGAUCCAGCCUAGUUACUA